AUCCUGUUGUAACAACAACUCCCUCCCUUCCCCGCCUCUCCUUUCUUAAUUCUCCCACAGCUCAAAAAAUGAGAUGGAGAACCUGGUAUUUAUCUUCUAGCACCAUCAGCAAUUUCUACCUCCGAUUUCCAUGGUGCUCUUUAUCUGCAAGUUUACUUGUUGGAGCUUUGUCACUAAUACUCAGAAGCUGUGAGAUGAGCCUCAUGUGUGUAGCUUCUCCUCAUCAUACAGCUAAUUUGAAGACAACUGACAGAAGGGAGUUAAGACACUGAAGGCUACUGGCAAAAAGCCUUUGUUACUUGGUUCUCUGCUGCACAGAUAUAGCUAUAAUUUUGAUCAAGGGCCAUCAUAAUCAAAUACAGGGUCACCGUGGACAAAGAUAAAGGUGACGUCAUGGCAUCAGCAGGGCUCCAGCUCCUUGCUUUUGUCCUGGCCUUAUCUGGAGUCUCUGGAGUGCUCACAGCCACUCUGCUGCCUAAUUGGAAGGUGAAUGUGGAUUCGGGCUCCAACAUCAUAACAGCCAUUGUACAGCUUCAAGGGCUUUGGAUGGACUGCACAUGGUACAGCACCGGUAUGUUCAGCUGUACCCUGAAGUUCUCCAUUCUGUCCCUCCCCAUCUACGUGCAGGCUGCACGGGCCACCAUGGUCCUGGCGUGUGUUCUGUCUGCUUUGGGGAUCUGCACUUCUACAGUAGGAAUGAAAUGCACUCGCUUAGGAGGAGACAGAGAAACAAAGAGUCAUGCUUCUUUUGCUGGAGGAGUCUGUCUCAUGUCUGCAGGGAUCUCUGGUUUGAUACCAACAGUGUGGUACACAAAGGAGAUCAUAGCAGACUUUCUCGAUCUGACAGUUCCAGAGAGCAACAAACAUGAACCUGGAGGAGCCGUCUAUAUUGGAUUCAUUUCAGCCAUACUGCUGUUUGUCUCUGGCAUGAUUUUCUGCACUUCCUGUAUUGAAAAGAAUCCAGAAGCUUGGCUCUAUCCACCCAAGCAGCAACAUAUCCCCGCCACACAACUAGAGGGCAAUUCAGCAUACAACCUGAAAGAUUAUGUGUAAAUAACUGUGUAAUGCAUGUGGAAUUUUUAGCUGCCUUCUGUGACUUAUGUCUUCUUAUUUUAGGGAAAAAAUAUAAAUGAGGUCAUUUAAGAUGCCGACAAAUUAUUGUGUACAAUUACAUAUCUGUUUUAAGAUUAUUUUUCCAUUACUAUUUUCAUGUUUAUCUAAGGGUUUAUAAUUGAGAGAAGUUCUGUUAUAUUAAAGCAAUUAAUUGGUGGCUUUUCCCCCCCCCUUUUUAAGAUAAACUGUUGAUGUAUCUUCCGAAUUGUUACUGAAAUGGAUUUUAUAAAAGAACUAAAUUGCCAAGUAUAAAAAACAUCUUUCUCUGGUGUUGAUCUAGGGUGUCAUCUGCUUUUGUGGUCUGUCUGCAACACCACAGUGACUUUCUCCUCUUUUCAAGCCCCACUGUUUGAAUCUAAGGGAAAGAAGAAAUGUCCACCUUUCUUAGAUGUUGCCCAAAAUAGCCUCCCCAAGUUCCCACCUACUGUGACCUCUCUGCUUCCUUUUUCAUUUUAGAAAUAUCUGUGUCCAGGUGUGGAAGCCAACAACAGGAUAUUCAAAGAUUAGGUAGGCAGAACAAAGGAAAAAGAAAUUGCUAAAUGCUACCAUAACAAAGCAAAACCAAACCAAAUGCAAACUGAUGCCUCUAGGACUUUAAAACAUUAGGUACAAAGUAAGUGAGAAUAAACAGUUUGCUUUAGGAUGCUCAAGAAGUGCCGUCUUCUGCUGCUAGCAAGAGGAUGCUCCAGAUUAAGUUCAUUGAUCCUACAACAAUUCAGAUCCCUUCACUUCCCUCUCAUUUAACCUCUCACGGAUUACUAUUAGGAUGAUAAAAGUUACUUUCAAGUUGUCGUUUUUGUUGUCAUGUUUGAUUCACGUUAACAAAAACACUGCUGUUCUCAAAUGAACUGUUUCAAUUAGUUACUAGAAUUAUUUCAAAGUAUAAAGAAUGUUUUUAAAAAUAUAAAUUAUGACACAUAAUUCAAAUAUCUUAACAAGAAAACAAAACCUGGAUUUUCAAAUGUGCAAAGGGGACACUGCACACUGUUGUUUCUAAUAAUUCAUGCAAUUUAAACUUAGUCAUUGUUCACCAUGUACUGGCGAAGGGGGUAAAAAGGACUAUUUUCUUUGUGUAUUAGUAACUCGGGAAGUGAGAAGAAUAUCUUUUAUAUGGGUACAUAUUUUUCAUUUGUGCCUAAGGAAGUAGAGACUAAAAUAUCUUAUACCUACUUUACUUAUUCUCUUUUGCAACAAUGUCAUUAGCUACUAGUAGAAUAGCUAGGGAUGUCUGGGUGGCUCAGCGGUUAAGCAUCUGCCUUAGGCUCAGGAGGUGAUUCUGGAGUCCUGGAAUCAAGUCCCGCAUCGGGCUCCCUGUGCGGAGCCUGCUUCUCCCUCUACCUGUAUCUCUGCCUCUCUCCCUCUCUUAUGUCUCUCACGAAUAAAUAAAUAAAAUCUUAAAAAAAAAUAGAAUAGCUAAAAUGAAGAGGUACUAUUUCAUAUGAGAAUUAGGAAAAGACUAAACAAAUUUAAAUAACUGAAGUGUAGAUUCCUUUUGGAUGAUCAUAAUAUUUUCUAAAUAAAUGUCAUACUAAAAAUAACUGAUAAAAAUAUUUUUAUGCAAAUUAAUGGGACAGGAUUGCUUUGACACCUAUAUGGCUCUCUCAUUUGGCUUAAUGAUCCUUGCUUUAUAUGUAGUUUAUGUAUCCCACAAUCCUAUACUAAAAGUUUAGAGUAUAUAUUCUACAAAAAUCUAUAUGUACUUCAAAAAAUAAUUUUUAUUUAGUUCUGGAAUGUUUUCUUAAAUAGACACAGGAAUGUUUUGAACUCCAGAAAAGCAGCCAUUUCAUAUAAAUAAUGGCCUAAUUCUAUCCAGACUGGACACAGCAUUGAGCAAAUGGUUUGAGUCCCUCCAUCCCUGUAGGAUUCCCCCCUGAUGCAUGCCUCCACCUGGAAUCCUCCUACACUUACCCUCUGCCUGCCCAAGCUAUGAUUCAUCUUUCAGGGUUCAUGCGGAGUCUCCUUUGUGAACACAAUCCUGACUCCUUGAAGAAGUUUGCUGUUUCCAUCUCUUUACUCUCAGAGAAUGCUCUAUUAUAAUAAAUUAACGGUUUACAUGAUUGCAUUUCCAAGUAGACUAUGAGACAAGUGUCUUUUUUUACCUUUGUAUUUUCAGUGACUUGCCAAAAGUGUUUACAAGGAUAUGCCAGUCCUAUUUCAGUCCUUUGAAUAAGUAUACUGACUGGUUUAAAACUCAGGAUGGGGCAGCC